AUGGACGCGGAGGAGGCGUCCCACCAUCCCAAGACUCCCCGCCGCCCCCGCCGCCGUGACCUCAACGCGCUGGAUCCCAAUUUAGAGGAGUCUGAUGGAGAGGACAUUGGCAUUCCAGAAGUUGGCAUGGUGUUCAAUAACCACAUAGAGGUCAAUCGAUUCUACCGUAGGUAUGCCCGCCGUGUUGGUUUUGGUGUCUCAGUUAGGAGGUCCUCGUUCUCACAAGAAGGCACCUGCUUAUAUCUUGAGCUGAUGUGCUGUAAAGGAGGGCGUCCUCGUUAUGAGCCUAAGUUCAGGAAACGAGCCUCAUCAACCACCAACUGCCCAGCCAAGAUCCGAGUGAAGUUAUGGGGAGACAAAUUGUUGCAUGUAGAGUUGGCAACCCUUGAUCAUAAUCACCCUGUAAGCCCAGCAAUGGCAAGGUUCUUGAACUCUUACAAGCAGCUUUCUGGCCCUGCGAAGAGGCGAUUGCGUAUGGGUGCUCCUGGAGCUAUGCCAGUUGAAGAGCCAAGCAAGAUGCUUGUUGAUAAGCUAGGUCCACUUGAGGAACUUCUGUUUGGAGAGAGCAAGAACCAUAGCUUUGUUGAGAGGGGCCGUUUGAAGUUCCAACCUGGAGAUUCAGAAGCACUUAGACUUUUCUUUACCCGGAUGCAAGCCAAAAAUGCGAACUUUUUCAAUGUUAUUGACUUGGAUGAUGAAGGUUCUGUCAGGAAUGUUUUCUGGGCAGAUGCACGGUCAAGAGCCAUGCAUGAGUAUUAUAAUGAUGCUAUUACGCUUGACACUUCUUAUGUGGCUAGUAAACAUGAUAUGCCCCUUGUGACCUUUCUUGGUGUGAACCAUCAUGGCCAAUCUGUCUUGCUGGGUUGUGGCCUGCUCGCUGAUGAGACAGCAGAAACCUAUACAUGGCUCUUUAAGGCGUGGGUAGCAUGCAUGUCUGGUAAUCUUCCAAAGGCUAUCAUCACUGACCAAUGCAGGGGCAUCCAGAGCGCAAUCGCCGAGGUUGUUCCUGGAGUUCGCCAUAGAAUAUGCUUGCAUCAGAUAAUGAAGAGGGCAUCAGAGCAGUUAAGUGGGCGGUCAGAGUACAAAGCUAUUAGCAAGGCAUUACAAAAAGCUGCAUAUGAUUCUUUAACAGCAGAUGAGUUUGAAGGAGAAUGGAGUACUCUGAUCACAUACAAUGGGCUUCAGGAUCAUGUCUGGCUAGGGACACUUUAUGAUUGUAGAUUUUCAUGGGUGCCUAUCUUUCUUAAAGAUACUUUUUGGGCAGGAAUGUCUGCUACACAAAGAAGUGAAACUAUCACUCCUUUCUUUGAAGGAUGUGUUGAUUCGAAAACCACCUUGAAGCAAUUUCUUGGUAAGUAUGAGAUGACUUUGCAGAGCAAAUAUGAGAAAGAAGCCCAAGCAGAUUUUGAGACAUUUCAUAAGCAACGUCCACCUGUUUCAAAAUUCUAUAUGGAAGAACAGCUCUCGAAGGUAUAUACCCAUAACAUGUUCAAGAAGUUUCAAGAUGAGAUUGAAGCCAUAAUGUACUGCCAUGUAUCUUUGAUGAAUGGUGAUGGCCCUAUCUCCACAUUCAAUGUCAAGGAGUGUAUUUUCCUUGAAGAUGGUAAGAGGACUAUGAGCAAGAUUUUUGCAGUGACUUAUAGCACAGAGGAAAAGGAUAUAACUUGUAUAUGUGGAGGUUUUCAAUUUAGCGGUAUACUAUGUAGGCAUAGUCUCUCAGUGCUCAAGUUUCAACAGGUUCGUGAAAUUCCUUCACAGUAUGUUCUUGAUAGGUGGAAAAGGGAUUUCAGACAAUUGCAUGUGAUUGGACGACCUUCAAGUGAUGUUGUUCCCAGCAAUCGUGUGGAUCGAUAUGACUAUUUGUCGAUGAGAUGCCUGCAGCUUGUUGACUCUGUAGUCCUAUCAGAUAAGUAUCGCCUUGCUUUGAGGUUGGCGAGAGAGGUAGAGAAGUUCCUAUUAAAUAGCGAUACACACGAUGAUACGCAGCCAAGAAUCAAGUCUCGUGUUCCUCAAGUAAAUAAACCAAAUAUGGUGACAGGUCAAAAUCUUGUAAACGAAGCUACUGACAAUGGAAAUGGUGGGCCCAAAAGACCGGAGGUACUAGUUCAAUCUGGAGUAGCAGAAACAGGUGUAGUUCCUGCUGGUUACAUUGGAGUGCCGGCUAAUGUUCAGCAAUUCAUGGGCAAUCAAGGAGCAAUCCAACCAAGCAUCGUGUACAUGGUUCCGAGUGGUGUUGACCCUCAGGCAUUUGGAAAUGGUGUUUUGAUGCCAGUGAUGUACCAGCAGAUGUUCCAGAUACCUCAUCAGCCAAACGGAACCGUGCAAGACGCGUUGGCAAAUGGUAAAAAGAAGCGACCUCGUGUCCAGAAGCCGAUGGAGACAUCUCAUCAGCCAAAUGGAACCCCAGGACCUGCAUCUGGCUAAUGGAGACUCUUCACAUUUAAAUCAGAAUUCAGAACAGGACAUUGUAAAUAUGCGGAAAAUGUGGAGACUUGCUGCCAAGAGGAAUCUUACGUGGUGGACGCCAGCAAUAGCAGAAGUGCAUCUCAACAAUCUCAGUGGUGAACCCCAAGCAUUUGCGCCAAGAAAUGAUGUUGAGCUAAGUGCUGGUCUUCAUUCAGGUCAUCCUGGGGCCCUGUCAUGGUGUAGGAUACUUCUCAUCUUUUGAUUUAUGUUGAUUCCCAGAAUAUACCAGUGGCUUGGUGAUAUGGAUCCUUAUGUAAAUGAUGGUUUUGCUGGAGUAGCCGUGUCUCCUGCCAUGAGCAUGGCGCGCAUCAGGUUGCCUUGAAUUGUGUCAGCUGAACAAGACUGUAAAAGAAUGUUAGGCCAUGUAAGAAACUCCGUAGCAGCGGCUGGGUUAAAACAUCUAAGUAGGCACUUCAUGGCACCUGAACUACGAGAUGUCAAAAACUGCUCGUUUGAGACUGUAAGGCCCCCAAUGCAGUGGCUCUUAACACGCUGGUAGAUUUCAAGAGACUA